AUGACAGAGGAGAUGAAAAUUGAAACAAGGCUUGCAGGGACAUUCUUUUUCUCGCACAAGCACACAAAAUGUAGCACAACCAAAUAUUUCUUUGUGACCCUUGCCUACCAGCUCAUGGGCAAUUUUCCUAGCAUCCAGAAGGACAUGAAUAGAGCUAUCCACAACAAUCCACAGGUUCUAGACUCCAGUAAGUCUCUUCAUGAUCAGAUG